AUGUAGAUUUCUGAAGCAGACGCAUCUGAAGAAGUGUAGUAGUCAUUCAUCUUCAACUAUGUCAAUAAUGAGAUAUUAGAAGAAAAGAAGAUAAAAGAGCUCUUUUAGAAAUGGGGAUUGAAUUAUUUAACAGUAUCAAGUUAUAGAUUCAACUAAAGGUUCGAAGAAGUUUCUGCUGAACAAUUCCUGUUAGAAUUCUUUAAUUUCCCUGAAGUUAGAUAGACCCUCUCUUCAAUGAAUUCCCCUAAGGAGAACUAUAGCACAAUAAAAUACAAAAGACUUAAAGUGAAUCAAAUUAAAAUGGAUUUGUUUGAUAGAUUAGAAGAAAAUAAUUUAGUAGUUAAAGACAUGAUAAAGUAAACUUAUGAAGAUUUCGUUGAGGAAAUUCAAAUUAAUGAUUUAGUUAGAGAGUGUUUAAUUAAGGAAGAAAGCGAACACUAUGAAAUUUUUAGUGAAGAAGAUAGAAAGCAAUUCUUAUUCAGACUCUUUUAAUUAGUUGUUUUAGGUGGCUAAAUGUGUCAAUGGGAAGAGAAAUUGUCAAUUUAUCUUGACGCUACAAAGCACUUGUACAAGAACUUAGUCACAGCUCGUAAAGAUAGCGCCACUGAUAACAUUUACAUAGAUUCAUUCGUUUAUGAGAUUUAAGCUCUUGAUAAAUCAUACAAGAAAGGAAAUAAUCCUUAGGAUGUGCUUUAUGUAGUCGUUAACCCUUCAAUUAGAAUGCUGCAUGUCGUAUAAAAUGCAUGGGUUAAAGUAUGGUGA